CUCUCCAGAGGCAGGCGAACUGUGAAGGGAGAGCUUUCUCGCCGGAAACAACUCACGCUCUGGAGCCACCUUUUUGGAAAUGACGGCGGGGGGGACGGAAUGAGACUUGCUGCACUGGAGGCUUAUUUCUCAAAGAAAUAAAUUUUUGAAAAAAGCCAUUUGUGGGAUGUGGAGUAUACCCACGUAAUUAUUUUCCAUUUCUUUACUGUAAAGGCAGACGCGCGGUUAUGGGGGGAUUUACAUCUGGAUUGUGCAGCACGGGAUAGAAGAUCUGACAAGUGAGGAGAGAGGACUUCUCUCUAAGGAGAGGAGCUGAAAAACUUUCUCAUCCUCUACAAGCUGCCAGGGUCCAGUAUAUCAGCCCAUGAUUGGCCUUCUCGUGGCUGGAAUGCACAUCUAAGCUCCGGCGCAGGAACAUUGUAUGUUCGACGCUUGCACUCGCUCUCAAGGACCAUGUGGUUUUCACCGAGGAGAAGUUGUACCCCUUUGCAGAACUGUAAAAAAUCCCACAGUUGCCCCAGGAUCGCCUUGUCCUUGUGGCUAUUAACCUUUUGCUGGUGCUUUGCGACAGUGAGGGGUCAGAGCUACCAUCCCACCGUCAACACGCAGUAUGGCAAACUCCGAGGGGUGAGGGUACCCCUGCCCAGUGAGAUACUUGGCCCGGUGGACCAAUAUCUUGGGGUCCCUUACGCUGCCUCACCAGUUGGGGAAAAACGCUUCACACCCCCUGAGCCUCCUUCCUCCUGGUCAGGGAUCAAGAAUGCCACCCACUUUGCUCCGGUGUGCCCCCAAAAUAUUCACAACGCCGUUCCAGAGAUCAUGAUGCCCAUAUGGUUCACCUACAACCUGGAUAUAGUUACCACUUACAUACAAGACCAACAUGAGGAUUGUCUUUAUCUUAACAUCUAUGUUCCGACAGAGGAUGACAUACGAGACACCGGGGCCAAGCCUGUGAUGGUCUACAUCCACGGGGGAUCCUACAUGGAAGGGACAGGCAAUAUGAUUGAUGGCAGCGUCCUGGCGAGCUACGGCAAUGUCAUCGUCAUCACCCUCAACUACCGCGUUGGAGUUCUUGGCUUCCUCAGUACCGGGGACCAGGCUGCUAAAGGGAACUACGGACUGCUGGAUCAGAUCCAAGCUUUAAGGUGGAUCAGUGAGAACAUCGGCUUCUUUGGAGGGGACUCCAACCGCAUCACCGUGUUUGGUUCUGGCAUUGGAGCUUCCUGCGUCAGCCUGUUAACCCUUUCCCACCACUCUGAAGGUCUUUUCCAUCGAGCCAUCAUUCAGAGCGGCUCGGCGCUGUCCAGUUGGGCGGUGAAUUACCAGCCCGUCAAAUAUACACGCCUCCUGGCUGAGAAGGUUGGCUGUAACGUCCUGGACACGUUAGACAUGGUUGACUGUCUGAGGAAGAAGAGCUCCAGGGAGCUUGUGGAGCAAGACAUACAACCCGCAAGAUACCAUGUGGCUUUUGGACCUGUCAUUGAUGGCGAUGUCAUUCCAGACGACCCCGAGAUCCUUAUGGAACAGGGCGAGUUCCUCAACUACGAUAUAAUGCUGGGUGUCAACCAAGGUGAGGGGCUGCGCUUUGUGGAGAAUGUAGUGGACUCAGAAGACGGCGUCUCUGGAAACGACUUUGACUUCUCUGUGUCAGACUUUGUGGACAGUCUUUACGGAUACCCGGAGGGCAAAGACACUCUGAGGGAAACCAUUAAGUUCAUGUACACGGACUGGGCCGACAAGGAAAAUCCAGAAACCAGGCGCAAAACGCUGGUGGCUCUCUUCACCGACCACCAAUGGGUGGAGCCCUCUGUGGUAACGGCAGACCUCCACGCUCGCUAUGGCUCACCCACCUACUUUUAUGCCUUCUACCAUCACUGCCAGAGUCUCAUGAAGCCCGCCUGGUCAGAUGCCGCGCACGGGGACGAGGUCCCCUAUGUUUUUGGAAUUCCAAUGAUCGGUCCAACUGACUUGUUCCCCUGCAACUUCUCAAAGAACGAUGUGAUGCUCAGUGCUGUGGUAAUGACCUACUGGACCAACUUUGCCAAGACUGGAGAUCCCAACAAACCGGUUCCCCAGGACACAAAGUUUAUCCAUACAAAGGCCAACCGUUUCGAGGAAGUGGCUUGGUCCAAGUACAACCCCCAGGACCAGUUGUACCUUCACAUCGGCCUCAAGCCUCGGGUGCGCGACCACUACCGAGCCACUAAAGUGGCCUUCUGGAAGCACCUGGUGCCCCAUCUGUACAAUCUCCACGACAUGUUCCACUACACCUCCACCACCACCAAAGUGCCCGCGCCGGACACCACGCAGAACACCCUCUCCACCAAGCGGCCCAACGGGAAGACCACCUGGCCUUUCAACACCAAGCGGCCCCCCAUGUCGCCGGCCUACAACAGCGAAGACAAAGACUCCUGGAGCAACGACAAGGAGUCCGGGCCUCUAGUGGUGGAGAACCCUCGGGAUUACUCCACGGAGCUCAGCGUCACCAUCGCGGUGGGGGCCUCGCUGCUCUUCCUCAACGUCCUGGCCUUCGCCGCCCUCUACUAUCGCAAGGACAAGCGGCGGCAGGAGUCUGGCCACGGCCAGCCCAGCCCACAGCGCCAGACCACCUCCAACGACAUCGGCCACCACGCACCCGAAGAGGAGAUCAUGUCGCUGCAGAUGAACCAGACGCACCACGAGUGCGAGGCAGGCAACAGCAAUGAGGGGGCGCUGCGCUUGGCCUCGCUGCCCGACUACACGCUCACCCUGCGGCGCUCUCCCGACGACAUUCCCCUCAUGACGCCCAACACCAUUACCAUGAUCCCCAACUCCCUGGUGGGCAUGCCCAACCUGCACCCUUACAACACCUUCACGACGGGAUUCAACUCCACCGGGCUGCCGCAUUCCCACUCCACCACGCGCGUAUAGCUUUAAGGAGGCCGGACGAGGGUGGCGACGGGCGGCAGUGCUGAUGGAGGAGGUGCAAAGGAUUCAACAAAACGGAGAGGAGGAUUGUGUUUUAUAAAUACCGCAGCGAUAGUGGGGGUAGGGCAGAUUAAAACGUGAAGAGAUUUAACGAGACUUUUACUACGAGCAGAAUUGCUUCGGAGCUCUCUAUGGAUGUCAAGUUGUGCAGUGCUGCCAAAAUCAAACUGCUUCCCUCCUCUUCAUCAGGGGAGGGGCUCUUUUUUGUGUUGUGUCCUUUUUUUUCUAAAAGAAAAAAAAAAAUCAUCAUUUCAAAAGCCUUUUAAGCGGACUAAGAAAAUAGCCACUGAUGUUUUUUUUUUUCUUGAAUUCAUAACAAAAACAAACAAAAGUGCUUUUUAAUUUCCCGGUCCUCCUUCCUCCUGGGGUAGACACAUGAAGAACAAUGGCCUCUAUGUCGACAUUCGCAUCAUGCUUUUAAUUGCAUCUUUCUUUUGAUUUCAAUGCCUUACAAAGCUUGUUCUUUGUUUGUUUUUUGUCGCAAUUUCUGUUCCAAGAGACUAUAACAAGAGGAGUACGGCAGAAAGACUGACACCGGGAUGGGAAAUUAGUGAAUUUGCAGAUGUAGAGAUUUUAAAUCCCAAUUCGGGCAUCUUUUUUGUUGUUGUUGGUUUUUGCUCCUGUUUGCAGCACAACAUGAAUGGUUUCAUCUUUUUUAAAUUAGUUUGCGUCAAAGGGUUUGCCAAGGACAGCUCUGGCUGGGAGACAAAUGCUUUGUUACUGUGAUUGUUUUUGUUAAGAAAGUGCAUCUUUUUCAGCCAAUGGACCCGUUAAGCUAUCUGAUCUGAUCUGAUCUCAACCAAGUGUGCAUCUACACAUGCUGCUCGUGUGCAGUGUACUAAGAGUGUUCUGCUAGGAACAUGUAAGGUGAGUGAUCACGUGAGUGUCCACUAUUUUUUUGAAUUAUUAUUAUUUUGAGUAGGUUGUACAGUGUGCUUUUUGUCAGGGGGAGGUGGGGAAGGGGGUCAAGGCGGAACACUUUUUCCAUGUUGAUUUGCGUUGACCACCAGUAAUGUUUCUGCUGCGUCUCUUGGUGUCCGUCUACGCGAAAUAGCACUUUGUUUUUUGUUUUCUUUCAUUUUUUAAAGUUCUAUAUGUCUAAUUUUGCUUAAAGAUGAUAAAAUGAAUCUAUUAUUUUACAUGUAAGAGAAAAAAAGAUAGCUUAAAGAAACAACUGAACUAA